GUUAUAGAAGUAGCGAUAACAUUUUAACUUAUCAAUGAUAUAUAUGUUCAAUAUGUUAAAGAGGUAUUUUUUUAACCUGAGGCAGCAGCAGUAGAUGAAAUCAGGUCAUACAACAUGGAGCAUCUUCGCUUGCUCUUCGCAAUCUGCAUACUCAUUCUUUGUCGAACAGAAGUUUGCCAAAGUAACGCUUGCCCAACACAUGAUAAAGAUGCAGACCGAUGUCCACGGAGUGUGUCCACUGACAGUAAUACCCCUUGACAGAGAGAGAGUGAGGGUCAUAAAAGAUGUGUCGCAGUGUGUCCCCCCAGGUCAUUCCGUGGAACGACCCAGCGUCUCAUCUUUAUUCUGGGACAAGAUUUCUGUUGGACACGCAUUUAACUCUACGACGGAUUGUGAGCAUCGAGUGGACACAUCUGAGAAAAAGAUUGUGAGUGUCCAUUGCAGAGAGACGCAUAUUGGAGGAUCAUUGCACAUUAGCAUUUUACACACUAUGAAGUUAAUGAGAGCAGCUCCUCGUGCAGAAAAAGUCUAUCAGCCAGAGUUAAAACUCAAAAAGAGUGUUCUAUUUGAGUUUGAGUCUAUCAUUCAGCCAUGCCAAUCAGAGGGCAUUACUAUGCUCAGUCAAUUAGUCAGAGAUUCUGCCGAAGAAAUGAAACUUUCAACCCUCUCCUUGUUCACUGAUUUCGUGGCGUGGAUGGAAUCGUGCACUGACCUCCGUCCGAUACUGGACUCUGUUUUGUCUUGCUCUAACAUGCCUGGCGAGGAGUGUUCACCACAUGAAAAGGCUUUGGGAAUGUCUUAUCUGAGUGAUGCCCUCCUGCACUGCAGCACUGAAGAGUGUCUAGACUCACUCAACCUUCUGAUGAGGAAAGGAGAGAUAUCAUCAACCUACAUGAAUUAUGUUUUCUACUUGUGGAGCAAGAUACGUGAAGCCUCGCUACCAACUCUCCGCUCAAUUCUUACUACGUGCAAAGAAACAUCUUUGAGUUUGUGUUGGAUGACCCUUGGAACAAUGAUUCGUCACACCCAUCAUCAUGGAACACACAAAGAAUAUUUAACAAACAUUGCUACUUAUUUGACUGAUGCAAUCGACAGCUUUUGCGUUCCUGAAUCAGAACAUAUUGAAGAUCUGACCCGUUACUUAAAGGUUAUAAAUAAUAUGGGGGAUGCUCUCCUGACUCUGAAGCCCGAUGGACUCGAAAAGUUAAUGGAAUGUGCUUCUAAUAAUGAAGCACCGGAACAGAUAAGAUUAUCAGUUCUAAAGUCUCUGCAGAAUAUGGAGUUAACAACAUGUGUGGGAAGGUUGAUGUUCGAAAAAAGUUUAGCUAUUGUGAUGGCAAGAGACAGUUCGACAGCAUUACGGAGUGCUGCUUCAGACCUCAUACUCCGUUUCGACAAAGAAUUAUUCCUUCAAUCAGACGAGAAUUCUCCAUUCCAAAACUACGUCACUCAAAGAGUGAGAGAUCUCCUGGAUGAUCAGGAAACAGACAAUCGAACAAAACAGAUUUUAGAAAAACUUUUGGAAUCAUUGAAUGGAAGAGACAAAACGUUUCCUCGAUCAUUUAUGGAUAGACUUUUUGAAAAAUUUCAUUUUGGGCCUCACAUUCAAGAGAUUGCUUCCAAAUGGACUCAUUUUAUUAAAUCUAUACCGACAGUCAAGAGAUGGUGGAAGUAUUUCGAUUCUGCAUUUCAUGCACAAUUCCGAGCAGAAGGCAUGGAGGGCAUUGCUAUAACCAUACUGAAAUAUCUGGAUGAAAUGGAUGACGGCGAUAGAAUUUCUGAAUUACUUGAGGAGAUUAUAGCUGGAUUCAUGAGAACUGAUUCUAUGGAGUUUAAACUGGAUGAUGCAUCCAUGAUUUUCAACAUCAAACAACUGGUAGAAAAAUAUAGAAUGCUCGAACCUUAUUUAAGACCAUUUUUCAACAUUUACUUAGAUGCUUUUGGUACUUCUUUAGUGUACAUCACAUCUGAAGAUUUUAUGAAAUUCUUGUUCCAAUUGCCUGAAAGGAAUCAAUUGCUGGAAUUGGUGCAUCGAGGUGUUUUUUGGAAUGCCACCCGCAUGGUCCGCCUCCAAGAAUUCCACCAGCAAGUACCCACCCUGAUGGGAAUGCCCCUCAGGUGGACAACUCACGCUGUACUGGGCACCUCCCUCAAGAGUUUCUUCAAACUGACCAGUCGAUCAGAUAUUCUUCUUCAGCCCAGCUUCGCCCUGACAUAUGUCAACCGGAUGGUGCUGGAUAGUUUCAGCCGGAUCGGAGUUCAAACGAACCACUCUAUCUACUCAUCGAUUCGUUUCAUGGCCAAUCUCCAAUUAGACCAGAACAAAAUGACACUGACAGUAGAGAAGCCAUUGGAACCAAAAACAAUACUUCUCAGUUCCCAAACCAAAGAGUUGUUGAAGAUGGGUGGUGAUGAAGAUUUCUCUACCCGAGAAAGCAGCUCGUGGUGUACGCCUGAUUAUGCGAGUUCUCUAUUCGGAAUGGAACUCUGCUCGGAGCAUUCAUCGUUUGUACAGAUUCCUCGAUCAAACCGUACCCUAUGGCAACUCAGUAUUGGAUCCACCAACAAAGUAAAGAAAUAUGUUGUGGAUGUAACAAAAUAUCCUCCAUCUACCAAUGAAAAAGUUCUGAUGGGAAUAACAACAUCUGGGUUCAACAGAAGUUAUGAAUUACUUUUCCACAUGGAAGCACAUGGACAACAGCAGAUGACCUAUGUGACCAUUCCAUGUAUCCCCGAAUUCAUUGCAUCCAUGGAGUCUGACAGUUUUCACCACACAUUGAUUUUAAAAACAGAUCUCUAUUCACUUAAUUAUUCUAACAAAGAAAUUUAUGAAGAAGAAAAUACGAACGUGAAAACUGGACGGACGAGACUUUUGACGGUAACCACCCCUGAUUAUAGCCUGCAGAUAAAAGGCACCACGAGGGAAGACAUUUUGACGGAAUUGCACCUGUCUUUUGAAGAUUUGGUUGGAAGUAUGAAGUGGCCUGAGUGGUGGGAUGCAAGUACAGGAAAAGCCUGGAUUGAACUUCAUUUCAUUCGAAAAGAGGAAGGGAGAACGGUUUUGUUCAAAAUUCCAGCAUCCACGAUUGAAAUCAGCAGAAAAACGACGGAAAACGAAGGAAUGGUUAUUAGUAUGACUAAAAUUGAGAGCAACACAGGGAGAGUAUUGGGUUAUUUCAAUUUUUCUCGCAGCAAUUGGGUUUCAAAGACUAAAGAAGCGGUAGUGUGGAGCGUGACUAUCCCUAGAAAAUCGUGGUCACUUUACUGGCACAAAAUGAGUACCGACAGCGGUUUACAGUACCUAAUAGAACUCAAGCAAGCAUUCAUGACACCAAAAAGUUCUUUAACAAAUUUGAGAUGGGAUAUUUGCGACACUUUCGAUAAGCGAGAAGAGAACAUAUUGGAGGCCGUUGUCGAUCUCGAUUUCCCACUCUUGAACAGUGAAGUGGUUCAAGUCAAGGCAUCGUUCCAUUCCGGUCCACUUUCUGUUGUGAGCAAAGGAAGAAUCAUGAUGGACGGUGAACAAACCUCUUACAGAUUUCAGGAGAAUUUUGAAGUAGAGAGCAACUUAAUAGACUUAAAGUUGGCAACUCAUUCUGUGUACGAGGCGGGUAUGGAUGACACAUCAUUCCAUCACAAAACUGUCCUAUUCCAUGUGCCAUCACAAAAGGAUCUGACCAAUAGCAUGGAGUAUAGGCACUCUCUCACUGGAUGCCAAGAAUUCUCUUGGAAACACGACAUUCGAUCCCACUUCUUCGAUUCUCUAACCAGGGCAUCCCAAUCUUGUGACGCAACAGAUCUCAAGACACUGAAACUGCACUGGAAGACCAACUCCAACUACUGGAAAACACUGAAUAUGAGAGUAGACCAGAUCUUUAAGGAUAUUGAUUUGGGACGCACCAUCGAAACUUGUAACAUAAGUUUUUCCAAAUCUGUAGUCAACGUUACUGCUGAAUGGAAUGACGGAGACCAUCAAAAGACUGCCUCACGCACUUGCAUGAGUGAAGAUUGCCGAAAUAUAAAAUUCUUCAUGAAAUAUUUACAUAAUGGGGAAUUCCUCAUAAAUGUAGAUCUGCCGGGAGCUGGAAAAUUUUCUUUUGCGAGGACUGCAUCGAAUAUAAAAUUGCAAUUGGAAGAUGAAAAGGAUGGAAUUCCAGAGAGCAUAGAGUUGAGUGGCGAUAUCCACCGAAAUGCGUGGAGUGUUGAAAUAAGUCCGAAAACAUUUUUAAAAGUGAAAUCCCUCCUCGAUUCAGCCUACAGAGAGAUAGAGCUGCAGUUUAUGAACACAAUCAACGAUCCUCAACAUCCACUUCAACCUAUCUACAGUUAUUUACAAAAGUCGAAACAAAAGAUGGAAGAAUUUAUUUAUCCUCCUGUUGGAGAAAUUGUAGACACUCUUCAGGCUAUUCUUCCCAUUGACCAACUAUCCAGAGCUGGCCGAAAUGUUUAUAACUUCAUGAAAGGAAAUUCCCUCACAACCUGGGCCAUUCAUACUAUCCAUACGUUUGAUUAUCCAAAGAAAGAUGGAAAUUACAUCUUUAAAUUCAGCACAGGCAGAAUGCUUUCUUCAUUCACAGAGUUGAUUUCCUUGAGGCCACUGGAUUCAUCACAACAACCGGUAGCUAAAAUUAAAAUGGCAUCUGAUUCACUGCAAAUAUGCACCUUUGACGGCUUAUCCUACAAGUUCCUACCAUCUAAUUCUUUUUUCCUGCUUGCAUACGACCUCAAGACUUCGCUCUUCUCUGUGAUCACUUCCGGGAAAACUCUUCACGUUCUCUUUCCGGAAAUGACCAUCACAAUCAACCACAGGAAUCAGGUAUUCAUGAAUGGCAACGAGGCAGAGACCCCCACACAGUUCAAAAAUGUGAGAGUGACCCCUAUGGAGUCAGGGGUUGAUAUCAGAUCGCCCUCUAUCCGUGUGAAGUGCAAAAAUGACGAACACUUUAUAUGCAAGUUUGAACUUGAUGACUGGCAUAGCACGUUUGGACUUUUGGGAAAUGCUGACGGACAAUGGGAGAAUGAUUAUAUGUUACCAGAUGGCAACAUUUCAUCCGACAUUCUGGAAUUCAUCUGCAAUUACAAAGUAUCGGGGGGAAAAGAAUGCAAGGACUUCUUGUCACCAACACUCCACACAAAGUCCUCCUGCAAUUAAUUGACAUUUUUUUCUACUUUUAAUUGCUGUUCACAACAUUGCCUAAUUGCCAUACAAAAUUAAGACAUUUUUAUAUUUGUUUAAUCCUAACUCUAGGUGCUAUACAGAGCCGGAUUAUACCUUUCGUAGGCCCUAGGCCCUCCCCUCCUUCCCCCACUCCUCCUCUCUUUUCAAAAUAUAUGCUAAAAUUUUCUUGCUUUUUUUUUUUGCAUUUUUAUUAAUAUGGAUUUUAAUUUACAAAUUUGUUUAUCGAACUUUAUCUGCAAUACCGACAUACUGCCGAUAUUGCAGUUGAUAUCGAUAAUACCAUUAUGAUUAGUUCGAUCGAUAACUAUGUAAACACUUCACGUCAACAAUACAACAACAAACCAGCAAAGAAAACAGUGAAAUUGAUAGUGCGAUUGAUUACAAGAAAUAUUUAUACUACAAAUAGCUUCAUAGUUUUCAUGAUACUACUAUGAUAACUAAGUGAAGGAAAUUAACAUUGUCAAAAGUAAAUUUUUCCCAAGUUUUUCGUAGGCCCCUGAAUUUAGUAGGCCUUAGACACGUGCCUAGUGUGCCUAUAGGUUAAUCCGGCCCUGGUGCUAUACAAAUUUCAGAAACUUUUAAAGAAUAUAAAUAUGUAUUUUUUUAUUUAUUGUGUAACAAAAGUUCCCAGUAUAGCCAAGCUACUCCUGUGGCAUAAUUUUUUCGAGCUAUCUGUGACAAAACUCUUUAGUACUAAUAUCUUUCUGCAAGAUACUUUUAAUAAUAAUAAACAUAUAUGUUACUCAUUUAAAAUUACAAAAGCGCUGUGUUUACAAAAUAAUAUACAUAAUUUUUUUUUAAUUAAACAUGUAAUAAUUUUUUAUUCUAAUAUUAUGGGUGAUAUUCUCGCAUUUUGUAAAUAAUCAUCACAAUAAAGAAAGUAAUUAAAAAUCAAGAAAUCCGUAAUUGUAAUUGGUGAAAAAAAAGAUCGACGACGGAAUUACGCGAAUCCUCAAAAGCGUGUUUCUUUUCGAAAUGACGUUGUUGUAAUAAAUAAUAUCGCGUAAAAAAUAUCGGAUUUAAAAAUUAUGGAGAAAUUAAUAGCACUGACUGCGGAAAGUUCUAUAGAAUUAUUGCCUUAAAAAGUAAAUACUCAAAUGCACGAUUCGAAUUUUCCAUAUGGUUUGAAAUAUAUCGGGAUCCCCACAUGAAAAAGCAAUGUCAAUAACUGCCGAAAAUACAAUCGAAACAUUACAUCGAUUUACGAUACUAUCGUCGUAAAUUUACUUCGUCAAAAAGUGUCUAUCUAAAUAUAUGAUUCAAAUAUUACGUGUAAAUUUCCGUCAAAAAGAAAAGCAAUUUUUUUUUUUUACUUUU